GAAAAGUCCACCGUACAGUGUGAAAUUGUUCACCCUACAGAACGAAAUUGAGAGAAGAACAAAAUGGCGGCUGUGUGUGAUUAUUUAGGGUCUUCGUUGUGCGACUUGAUCGUUCGGGGUGAAUACACUUCUGCCUUCCGCUUUUGUUGAAAUUCGAUCGAACUGGUGAUUGUGAUUUCUGUUGUGGCACUUUCCCCGCUGAUAGAAAGGCCCUUCAAUGCGUGCGGAGCCUUCUUCACCGCGUCCUUUGUUGACAUAAAUAGGUGGCAGGGACAGGUUCUAGACCAACGCAAAUAAAUGCCCGAUCCCUUCUGUUGACUCGAGUAGCUUCUUUUGAUAACUUGUCAAAGGAGAGUUAAAAUCGGAACCGUCGUCUAGCCUAGAGCGAGCUGUCGUUAUUCGCUGCUUUUCUUUCUUUUUCCCAUUUAUAUGCGUCAUUGGUUUGGUUUACGAUAAGCACUUUACCUAUCUGUGAGACGUGUAGAGGUGUGUCUUAUACUCUGUGUGUGUAUUCUGUUGCCCAUGGUUACACACGUGGGUAGGACAUUUUGAAAUUUUAUUCUGUGCCCUCCAUUUCACGCUGCUUUCUACCAGUCUAUGCACGCAGCUAGCUCGACUUCGCAUUUGAAUUUUUACGGCCAACAUUGGCAAUAUCCCCGAGCGUUGUUUAUUGUCGGACAUUUUGAGUUCGCCAAGUCGUUUCAGUAGGACGUGCCUGCUUCGUGCUCAUAAGCAGUGCGGUUAGUUUUUCUACACGUUUGGUUGGAGAGGUUCUCAGAUAACGUGUGUGUAACAUUCACUGCAGUUAGUUUUCUCCCUGCAGUUGUGCGUUCAGCUGGGAGUCUACAGUUCCAAAGUUAUCACCUGCAGCAGAGAGGCAAGUAGAUCAUAUUAAGAACUUACAUAUUCAUUGCUGAUAGCCUUCAAGGGAACCUGCUCGAUCAUUCCUCUUAGAAAGGUUUCAACUGAACGUUUUGAGGAAUCGUGACGUGAGAUCAACUUUGUUAUGUACUAGAGGACCCUCUGCAUUUCACCCGAGAGUACCUAUCCGCGAUAUACCCUGUUUGCUUUCGUGAUAUCGAACUUACGUGUCAUUAGUUGGGACUGAUACAUGUGUACGGGCUGCUCCGCGAAGUAGGGGAUCCACAUUGUCCUAUUAAAUCCGAUAAGUUAUCUGCAGGGGGUGCUUCUCCCGACCGCCUCUCUGCUAUGAGGAGAGCGCGGCUUAGGCCGCCGCUGGGGCGGAAUUCCAUCGAUGGUCGGGGUUAUCCUCGAGAGGUCGUCAUGCUGGACAGAGGUCAAGCUGAGGGUGAACAGGUGCAUCGUAUGGUCCAGCGCCAAGUCCCGGUGACCUCACGGGGGUCUGAUAUUUGAAUGUCUGAUUCGUGUUGUUGUCAUUUCCAUGUCGUUUCUCCACGACGAUCAAGUAUGGCAGAAAUGUCGCCUGCAGCGAUGGACGUCCCAGUAUCCUGCCGUUGAGAAGGAGCGCAACUCUGAACGGAGGGAGAGGAAACUGAAUGGUCACAUUAUUUAUCUUGUAACUAAGGAAGCAGAAGAUGUCAACGUCACCAAGAAAAGAAAAGAGGAAAAUCUUACAUAAAUAUUGGUGACUUAUUUUCCUUCUCUCGUAGAAGCAUUUUUGUAAAAAGUUCCCACUUUAGGCUACAUGAGGACGAAAGCAGGUAUGAAAGCUCAAAGCUGUAUCAGUCACCGUCGACGAUAAUUUUAGAAAAGAAAGUUGUGGAGCAGUUUGGUAACAUCAAGAUCAAGAGUGGAACAUCAAUGAAGCAAGUCUGAUAAAAGUCGGUCAUCUAAAGGAGAAAAGUCCCAAGGCUUUCUAUAGCUACCACACAACCAAAAUGAAAGAUCGAAUCAGGCCAACGAUUCGGACAAGAAAAUAAUGCGCCAAAUUUAGCUCCGAGAAGAGGCGAAAAAGACAGAUCUCGCCAAGUUCAGUUCAGAGAAGAGGGGGGGGGAAACCUCGCCGAAGUCCCCCACAACAUGCCAAUCGGUGACACGGUGCAAGACCUGCGACGGCUCAAGGCCCAGCGCAGCCGCGAGCGUGAGAUGAGGGACCUGGAGGAGCGAGUGCUGCUUGACCAUCUGCACGACGCUGACCGCGAGCUCCGGGGCACGUCGCCUGCCAAAGGCAACCAGCACAGACGGACCAAGCUGAGCAAGGACAAGGACGUCCGGGGCAUGCAGAUCCAGUACGAGCGUGACAGAGAGCGGGGCCUGAACAAGGAUCAGCGGAAAGACUACCGCCGGAAGAAGGAGACCACCAUCAAGUACAACCCUCAGUCUGACCCCAAGGUCAAGCAGCUGGCAGAGAAUCAUGGACGCCACAUGGAGGCUCUUCACAACAGGAAUAGGGACCUGGAGAGACAGAGAGAAGAGAUCCGAAGACGGCUUGACGAAUUAAGUCGACGGCCAAUCAAAGAUGAUGACUCCAUGAACGCUUUGCUACAGGAGCUAAGGGAUCAAGAGGCCCGCAACAAGCGCCUGCUGGAGGAGCUCAGGAGACAGCUGUUGGAUGCACGGCGUGUGCCUCCUCACGUCAUACAUCACACAACAAUGGCACCAGGUGAGCCUUUGAAAACCAACAGGUCUUUGGUGUACCCUAUGUUCUACGGCAAUUCUUUAGUGGCUGAAAUAGCAGCGGUCAGACAAGCCUACAUUGCAAAUGGCGGAUCCGAUCCUGACAUCCUCCAGCAACUCGCUCAAAUGCAAGCGGAGGCUCAGGCGAUUGAUGACUCACUGAGGAACAGACCGGCCCCCAGCAAGCCAAAAGAUAACAAGCACACAGAUCACCUUCUGACAUUGGAGCUGGAAAACGAAAGACUGCAAAGACAGUUGCUACUACUGCAAGAACAGAACCUAACGGCCAGGAACCGCAGAAAGGAUGACAGAGAAGAUGAACUAGAACGUGACAUCCGCCGCAUGCAACAAGACCAUCUACGCAAGAUGUACGAGCUCCAGCGCGAGAUCGAGAGACUGCGACACGAGAGCCACUACUGGAAAAUCCAGGAGAAGCCGUCGAAGAUCAUCGUGCACAGACUCAAUUUAUUGAAGUGGACAGACUGGCACCGUAUGACUACAGCGCUGGUUUCACCAUCUUCUACGACUUUGUGCUCAACCUGGACCCCCGCAUCAUAGCGACCAGAUAUAUCGUCGGCCUUCACAACAGCCAGGCCAAGCUGGGAGAGCCAACCAUUCUCCCUCUGGUGUACACAGAGCCAGGCAACCAAGUCAGCGCCCAAGGCGGUCAGGUGGUCAAUGCAGUCAUUGGAGCCAGGCAGCCGGUGCCAAGAUGUCCACCCGCGCCAGACCUGGGCAUUGUGUUUGAGCUUCAGGCAGCAGGAAGUGCUCCUGGUGCAGAGCAUGACCAUUCGCGACUCAUCACACGGGCGUGGACAAAGAUCCCGCUGUUUGACAGUCAGGAGAGGCUUCUGGUUGGCCGUCACCGACUCCCUCUGAGGGCCGUACCCAUCAAACCAUACAUUACCAUUGGUGACCUCAACGCCAUCCCACAGUACGGAGAAGCGGAGCUCUACUACAGGAUCGUCAACAUGAGAGAUGCUCCAAACCAGUCGAUGGCCAUGAUUGCAGCGACUAACCAAGAGACGUACCAAGUGGCCCCAGUGGGUGCUGUAGUCCUUACUCAAGUAGCUGUUCAAUCACCAAUCCCUCCCCCUCCCACUGAAACUCCCCCUGAGUCUCCUACGGAAUAUUUUACUCCCAAGCCAAGAAAUACGAGUCUUCCCCGGAUCCCGAUCUCGAAUUCGACUUCGGACCAGACUAUCGGCUUCCAAGUCGAACGGGUCAAGCACGGCGAGCUUGGUGAAGGCAAAGUCCGGCUCACAGCAUAUUAUCAUUCUAAUGGGAAGGUUGUACAGUCAGCUACAAGUCCAGUGAUGUGCAGCACCACAUCGGUCAGGUCAAAUUUCAAGUUCAACUAUCACGUGUUUGGGCAGCAAGAAGCUUCAUUCCAGGACAUCAGAAUGAGUGGGGACAUGCUCCUUGUGGCUCGCUUUUAUUUAAGGAAACAACUGAAUGCUCAGAACGAAAACGCGGAUGUGGGACCUCAGUACGGCGAGGAAUCCCUCGUGGCUUGGGCGGCAAUUCCUCUUGUGCUGUCCACCCAGGGAGAACUCACGGCUCGUGAACGGAGGGACUUCAAUACAAACACCAUGAAGUUAAAUACAGGAACUCACUCACUGAAGCUUUUCCAGCCCCCUGUGCCAGAACCAAACCACAUACCUAUCAAUGACUUCCACUACAAGCGGGAUUGGCGCAGGUAUGGAAAAGCUUCAGUGAGACUUCACAUCUUCCAAGGUCAGCCUCGCCCCGGCUCUCUGACCCCAAGUGACCUCUCAGAUGAUGGAGAGGACAUUCUACCAGAGUAUGCCUGGCUUCCCUUUGAAAGAAAAACCCCUCCAAGUGAGCCGUUCCAUGCAGGUGACGGCUUUGACAUCUACAUUGAUGGGUGCAGAUUUCUCCCAGAUUCUGUCACUUUUACCAGAGUUGCAGCUCGAAUCUUGGAUCGCAAGUAUGAGGUUUAUGGCAAAGACAUAUCAACUAGUGUGAAAAUUGACAGUGAAAUAUACAGCCCAGUAUAUGACUACAGAACUGAGUUCAGGGAGUCACAGCUUCCUCCAUCUGCUACAUUGCUUUUCAAGAUAUACACAAUUGACAAUUUCUACCGACAACUGACAGUGGUUGGGUAUGCACUGCUCAACAUUUUUGUGGAGACGGGUUCGGAUCGUCAGCCGAGCGUGGACAAAGCGGGACUCCAGAUUUCACUAAAUGAAGGUGGCCAUCAGAUCAGGGUGUACAGCCAAGGGCCCAAUGGUGUGGACCCAUUCACGGAGAAAUGUCUUCGCGACGCCAACAUCAGAGCGGUGCCUUGUGCUUCCCUGCUGGUCCGGCUGGCCAAAGUCCCAAAAGGACCGAAGGGACGACCUCUGGAGGCCGCCAGGGUUCCCAAAACAGACUGGGCACGUCUGGGUCUGUGGUAUCCACUACCCAAAUACUCAGACCGCGUGUACCUGUCCAGUCAGUGCGUGCCCACGCGAGGGGAGAGCAUGCUGUUCCACGCCAUGCUGAAGCGACCCCGCACUUCCAUACGUGAUGCUGUUGCUGCUACCACCAAGGCCAAAGAGAGUUUCCUCAACUCCGACAAAAAUAUGGAGCAGUACAUAAGGAAUCAGCUCACAAAGUCCAUGGAGUCAAAGCCUUUGGAUCAAGACUUGAACUUCAUCAGUCAGUAUAGCCCCAGGCAGGGACUCAAGCUGGCUCUUGACAGUGCGGUGAACCUUCCAUGGGCAAACUUCACCUACGCACACAUCUGCCUCAAUCCUCCAGGGGCAUUUUACAUGGGUACGCCACAUGCAACCUACGACAAACUGACCUUCACAGAAAACCUUGACCCUCGCAGCACUCACAGUUCACCAGCCUGGAAAGACGGCUUUAAGCAUUUUCCUCGGAGGUCCUAUCACAGGUUCCUUGUGGCCAUCAUUCACCUACAGGAAGUGUUUGUCAACGUCUCCAGGGACAACUAUAAGUACGGUCUGCUGGAACAGGCAUGGACAGCUGUUCAGAUCUUCAAGGACAAGUAUUGCUACACAGAAACUUUCCAGUUGCCUCUUUUCCAAGGUGCGCCCAACCAGCAGAUGCUGAAGCAGUUGGCACGGGAACCAUGCAAGGAAUGGAUGGAGAGGAACAUCCGUGGAAAAUCUAUCAAACUGCUGGAGGGAGCAUCUGUGUUUGUGCGCUUGUGUGACGCCCGCCGAGAUGAUGAGCUCAUGUAUGAUGUUCCAUCCUCGAAACUAGUCCAGGUGAACGUGGACUACAUCCCUCGUGGCCUGGAAGAGCAAUACAGCCGAGAGCGGGCCGGCCGGCCACUGGAGAGUCUCAUCCCACACGGCAAGGCCACCGACUACUUCAUGGAGGGACUCAAGACCAAGUUUAAGAGUCUUGUCUACAAACUCUAUGAAGAAGGAAACAUGGCAGCAAACUAAAGACCGAAGACCACACAGUUCCCUGACGCCAAGAUUUCAUCUUGUUUCGUCUUCAUUUCGUCAGGGAUUUGUUGUGUGAUGGAACAAGACAUCCCUCUGUCUGCAGUUUCAAGGAAUUUUGUGUUUUGAUUUUUUGUCAAGUGUGUCAAUACAAAUUACAAAAAGAAAAUGAUAGCUUUUGGAUUUACCCAGCGAAGUCAUAGUGAGAAAGAAACAAAACUGUUUUAGUACAAGAAAUGAAUAGUUCAGUAAUUUAAACUGAGCAGACGAGGGAAAGUAAUUUACUGAGAACUCAAAGGAGAUCAUAGAAUCAUUUCAAAAAGUUUGAUGUGAAAAUUGAAGAUGCAAAGUCAGAGAUAUAAAGAUCAUGUUAUUGUAACCAAAGUGCAGAAACAUCAUCAUGAGAGGAAUCUAUCUACUUGAUAAUUUAUUAGUUACAGACAGGACAGAAUUAUUUUCAAACUUGGAAGAAAGUUACUCUUUUUUAGCCAAGAAUGGACACUCCAAAAAAUAACAUCAUUAUGGAAAUAGGCCUAUCAAAUCAUUUCAGUUUUUCGGUGGAUACUAGACAAAGUCUGUUCUGACCAAUGGUGACUUCUCCUGAUCUCAUUGUGUGAAGAAACAAUGGUGGUCCUGAGACCAGUCGAUAAAAGUUGACAAAACUUUAGCUCAAAGUUGCAGAUAACAUAACCCACGGCUAAUUAUUGUGCGUUCCAAUGUGAGUGAAAAACCUUGUGAUGUAAACCAACAACAAACAGCAAGGUUGGCAAUACUGCUGAUCUUACUAGUGACAAUCAAACCAAAGACGAUAUUAAUUUAUUAUAUUGACACUUGUGUGUAUGUUGAAAAGCAAUGACUAGUGUGAAACUGUGAUCAACUUGUUGACAAUGAAUUCAGUUGUUGUGUUCAUAGACUGGUAUUAUUUCCUGUGAAAAGACAAUCAAAAACUUCGGACUUAUUCCUUUGUGCUUUAAUUCGAAGGGAAGUUCGAACGUUGUUAUGGAAAGUGUGUUCCAGUUACUUGUGCAUUUGGAGAAAAUACGAGUAUCUAUUUGCUAUAAAUUUCAAAGACAGAAAUAGACUGCUUGAUAAAGACUUGUGUGCCUUUGAGCAAGUUGAUUCCAACUUUUCUGUGCAAUGAUCAGACUGCAAUUUUGUGAAAAUCGGGAAAUGGCUCAGAUUUUCUCUUCAUCUGAGGAAUAUAAUGACCCUUCACGGAAGUUUAUCUGCCACUGAACAAUGUGAAUUGACAAAGCCAAACCUCAUUCUAAAGACUUCAACAAGAAACCCACUGGAGCAUGUCAGUUGUACUGGCCAAUUAACCAAAUGGAAAUCACAAAAGACCCGUCUCAGGUUUGCUGGAGGCUAUCAACAGAGCAUACUCCAAGCGAGGAGCACAAAGGUCAUGAGAAAGAUGACCUUUGAGACCGGUGUGACCCCCACCAAGAUGAUGUCUUUGGGCUCUGAGCGUGACUGUUACCACAAGUGGCAUGUAAACGCUCUAGUCUUAUGACAUGUGGAGGCAAUUUCCACAAAGGAAGAAGCUUCAGCCUGCAUAUCUUUUCUUUACAUCAUUACAAUUUCUUACAAGAAGUAUACUUUCAUAAAGUUUUGAGUCUCUGAGCUUUUCUUGACCAGGCUCAAAAUAAGGCUCUGCUCUCUUUUGCUUAAGGUACAGUUUGAGUCCAUAAACAGUAUUGUGCCUUGACAUGUUCUCUUACACCAUUAAAAGGACACAAAAGUUGAACUUGAAACUCUGAUCUGACACAAUCAGUCUCUUUUAGGCAUGUGACUCAUCACAUGAGAGACAGGGCUAUUCCCGGCAGGAUGUGUGCCCAUCCUAAUAGUUGGGAGAAAUGGGAGAAUGAUUGCCCUGUGCCUUCGUGGGCAGUCGCUACCACAGUUGCCCAGCCUCACAAGUUACCUUUCCCUUCUGUGACACUCUUAAAAUAAUAUUGUUUCAUGCUUUCUUGUUACUCUCAAACUCUGACUGUUUAGAAGUUACAUGGCUUUUCAAACUCUAUCGUUUGGUCCCUUUUAAUUCCGUCAGAGUUGUCUUAAUUUUCUUUUAGCUGAGUCUACAUACUUAACCCUAUCCGUACACCCUAGGGUUAUUUUGUGUACCCCGGCAGUUAUAUUCUUCACAUUUUAGAAUACUUCUAGUGCGAAGAUCUCUUUGAAACUUUCAAUAUUUCUCAAAAAAUCAU